AUGUGCAAGCUCACUCUAACUGCAGGUCUCUGUCUGAUCAUCGCCAGCUUGGCCUCUUCCUCCAGGCUGGCGUGUUACUAUAACAGCUUGGCUGAAGACAGAGCAGAUUACGGGAAGUUCACAGUUUCAGACAUUGAUCCAAACAAGUGCACCCAUCUGAUCUACGCCUUUUCUGACAUUAAUAACCAACAUGAGCUGGUCCCCAGCAGAGCAGCUGACAUACAACGCUAUCAGGCCUUCAAUGGACUCAAAACCAGAAAUCCACUGCUCAAAACCCUGUUGGCGGUUGGUGGCCUGACCUUUAACACACAAAAAUUCAGCACAAUGGUGGAAACACAACAAAAGAGAGCAGAGUUCAUCCAGUCUGCUAUCACACUGCUGAGAGGUCAUGGGUUUGAUGGGCUAAAUCUUGACUGGAGAAACCCUGGAGGAGCUGGAAGCCAACCACAGGACAAGCAAAGAUUCACACUGCUCUGCAAGGAGCUCAAAGAGGCCUUUAUGGCUGAGGGAACAGCAGAUAACCGAUUACUGAUCACUGCCAGUGUCUCUGCUGAGAAAGCAAUCAUAGAUGCCAGUUAUGAAGUCCCACAGAUUGCAACGUACCUGGAUUUCAUUAAUGUGCUGACAUUUGACUUUCACGGCCCCUGGGAAAGUGUCACAGGACAUCACAGCCCCUUAUAUCAGGGAUCCCAGGACACUGGAAACAAAACCUACUUUAACACUGACUUUGCCAUGCGGUACUGGCGGGACAAGGGAGCACCACCAGAAAAGAUAAACAUGGGGUUAGCAGCAUACGGGCGAGCAUUUAACCUCUCCUCUGCAUCCAGUAAUGUUGGAGCACCAGCCAAUGGUCCUGGUGAAGAAGGCUGCUACAGCGGUGAAGAAGGAUUCUGGGCUUCUUAUGAGAUUUGCCUUUAUCUUGAGGGGGUUACACCCCGGUUGAUAAAAGAUCAGAAAGUUCCAUAUGCCAUCGCAGAAAACCAGUGGGUUGGAUUUGACAACAAUGACAGCCUGAAUACCAAGGUCAAUUACCUGAAAGCUAACAACUUUGGAGGAGCCUUUAUCUGGUCUCUGGACCUGGAUGACAACAGUGGACAGUUCUGUAAAACAGGCAAAUGCCCCCUCAUCAGCCACCUGCAUGCUCUGCUGGUCCCAGGUAACUAA